UAAACUGGGAGCUUCUAAAUUUCUUGAAAUCCAGCUCCUGGAAUCGCUUUGGGGGCAGUCUGGAAUGUUUUGAACACUGCAUGAAGAAGAAAUUCAAGAUUCUGCUGUCAAACUGCAGUUGAAAAACGUCUCGGAUCCAAGAAGAAGAGGGCCAGGAAACUUUGUUCUCCACUUUUAUGAUUUGACUCAAUAACAAAGAUGUCAACCAACAUUGUAAAAGACCCUGAAGGGAACGUCUCCUAUGAAACAUCAGAUGGGACAGUGGUUAAUAUUCAUAUCAACCAAAGGUCUUUCCUAGAUGCCCUUUUUGAUGCUAUCAGAACCCUGAGAAAAAGUAUCAAAGGCCAAAAACCAACCAGUCAAUCAACCCAUGGAGCACAGAGAGGACUUGGGGCCUCUCAAAUCACUUUGGGAUGUAUCUGUGUGAGUAUCGCUAUCAUCCUUUGCUUUGGACCUGACCUGCAAAUACAUAUAAAAGGGAUGCUCUUUUGGGUUGGAUUCCCGUUCAUAAUAUCUGGAGCCCUGAGUGUUUUAGCUGAUCAUCGCCGCAUCUUUGUUGUGAACCUCUUUUCAGGUAUUUCACACAUUGUUAGUAUUGGAGUUGCUGUGGCUGGUUUGGUGAUAUUGGCAAGUGAUUUUAAAAGAUUUCCAUGGUAUCGCAGUUCGCAAAACUUCUGUGACUCAUCUGAAGGAUACUAUGGAUGGAGAUAUGAAACAUCCGCACGACCCUACUUACAAUACCGGAAGAAGGAAUGUGAAAAAGUGUUCAAUGCAUUUAUGAGAUUUUUUGGUGGAGGGCAGAUCCUGAUUUUGCUUCUCGUAAUCUGGGGCCUCUGUAUCUCGCUCUUUUCACUUGGCUUCAGGCUGAAGAUAUUCUGUUGUAAACAUACUUCUAAUACGGAGACUGUAAAGGAAAAUGAUGAAUCCCUGAUGAAAUCUCCACAUAAGGAACCUGAGAUGAUUUAGAGGGUCAUUCUUUGCAUAUUCAGCUUCAUCUGGACCUGGAACUAAAGAACAAUUAAACAGCUUUAAGUCUUUGCACGCAAUAUCUGCUAGCUUGGGAUAUGAUUACUUACAUUGAAAGGGAAAUGUGGGUCAUAUGGUAAAUUGCUUAAUAGUGAUGGAGCAUAUCUGUAAAAACUGAAAAUAUUUUAUCUAAAAAUUUCUCCAGCUCACCAGAGUAAGUGUCCUGUGAUCCUUAGCUACUCUGUUUGGUGUCAAAUGGUGAAACAGCCAGAAACAUCAGUGCUAAGUUCACACUUUGCUUUAAUGUGAUCUUGUUAUAUUUUACUAUAAUCUUAAACUAAAAUAACUAAAAUAAAGUGAUACUGACUGCA